AUGCGUUUCUUCAACUUCAUGCUGGCGGCCAUGGCCCCCGUCAGCCUCAUGGCCGACGCCGUGCCGCGGACAAUGUCGCCGCAGGAGCUCGACCUCGAGGAGCUCCUCGUCAAGCACAACCUGGCCCUCGUGCCCCGGUCAGAGCUCACAGACGCCCUCACGGAGCUCAAUGGCCUGCUGCGGAGACAGCAGCAGCAACAACAAAACGCCCCCAUCUUCCCGCGCGCGAACAGCUCCGGAGGCAAUGGCGGCAACCAACCCUUGGACCUCAAGGGCCUUGGACUCGGCGACCUGGGCAACGUUCUCGGCGGCAUUGGCGAUCUCGGAAAGCUUCUGGGUGACCUGCCCGACCUCAUCAAGGCCAUCACCUCGCUUCUCACACCGGAAUUCAUCAAGGGCUUCCACGACGCCAUGGUCUACCUCGCCGAGCUGCUGCGGCCGCCCAUCCCCAAGAUUGGCCGCAACAUCAUCACCAAGGCGGAACCGCUGAUCGAGCUCCUCGGCGAGUUGGAUCUUAAGGGUCUGAUAGAUCAGAUCAAGGACGUGGACCUCGCCGGCCUUGUCAAGGGUGUUCUCAAGCUUCUCACAGAGGGCAACAUCAAGAACAUUGAGGGCCUGCUCACCAAUGGCGCGGCGCUGCUGACGCCGACAUUCGUCAACGAGACGCAGUCGCUUAUUGGCGAGGCUUCGCCGCUCAUUGACCUCAUCAAGGACAUCGACCUCAAGGGCCUGGUUGAGGCAAUCAAGCCGCUCUUGACCAAGGAACAGGUCGAGGGCAUUGGGAAGCUGCUCAACAACGCCGAAGCCCUCUUGACGCCCAAGUUUGUCAACCAGACGCAGUCCUUGAUUGGCGAGGCGUCGCCCCUGAUCGAUAUGCUCAUGGAUAUUGACCUCAAGGGCCUGCUGGAUGCCCUGAAGCCCCUCCUGACCAAGGAGCAGGUCGAAGGCAUCGGCAAGCUGCUGACCAACGCCGAGAACCUGUUGACGCCCAAGUUUGUCAACCAGACGCAGUCGCUCAUUGGAGAGGCGUCGCCGUUGAUUGAUAUGCUCAUGGAUAUUGACCUGAAGGGUCUGCUGGAUGCUCUGAAACCGCUACUCACAAAGGAGCAGGUCCAGGGCAUUGGUGAGCUGCUAAAGAACGCGGAGGCGCUGCUGACGCCCAAGUUCGUCAACGAGACCCAAGCCCUGAUUGGCGAGGCGUCUCCUCUCAUCGACACGCUCAUGGACAUUGACCUCAAGGGUGUCCUCGAGUCCCUCAAACCCAUUCUCAAAAAGGAGUCCAUCGACGGCAUCGUCACCUUGCUCAAGAACGCAGAGGAUCUCCUCAGCAAGGAAACGGUUGACCAGCUCAAGGUCAUUCUCAAGACUGCCAAGCCCCUCCUCGACAAGCUCGGCAAGAUUGACCUGGACGGCAUCCUCGACGCACUGGAACCGCUCCUCACCAAGGAGUCUAUUCAGGGCAUUGUGGAUCUGCUCAAGAACGCAGAGAGCCUCCUCACCAAGGAGACUGUUGACCAGCUCAAGAGCUUGCUCAAGAGCGCCAAGCCUCUUUUGGACAAGCUGGGCAAGAUCGACCUGCAAGGUAUCCUUGAUGCGCUCGAACCACUCCUCACAAAGGAGUCCAUCCAGGGCAUCGUCAACCUUCUCAAGAACGCUGAAGACCUCUUGGGUAAGGAGACCGUCGCACAGAUCAAGACGCUCCUCAAGAGUGCCAAGCCUUUGCUUGACAAGCUCGACAAGAUUGAUCUGGACGGCAUUCUCGAUGCUCUCGAGCCCCUGCUCACCAAGGAGUCCAUCCAAGGCCUUGUCAACCUGCUUAAGAAUGCCGAAGACCUUCUUGGCAAGGACACUGUCGCGCAAAUCAAGACCCUCCUCAAGAGCGCUAAGCCGCUGCUUGAUAAGCUUGACAAGAUUGAUCUGGACGGCAUCCUUGAUGCGCUGGAGCCUCUUCUCACUAAGGAGUCCAUCAAGGGCAUCGUUGGUCUUGUGGGCAACGCCGAAAACCUGCUCACCGGCCAGUUCGUCAACCAGACCAAGACCCUCAUCGGAGACGCGCUGCCGCUUGUAUCCUCUCUCAAGGGCCUUGAUCUGGAGGAUCUCCUCAAGCAGGUCGGCCCGCUGCUCAAGAUGCUCGGCAAGCUCGACCUCGAGGGCAUUCUGGAGUCGCUCGCACCUCUUCUCACCAAGGAUAGCAUCAAGGGCAUCGUUGGUCUCCUCGACAACGCCGAGCUCCUGCUUACUGGCAAGUUCGUCAACCAGACGCAGACUCUUAUUGGCGACGCUCUGCCCCUCAUCACAUCCCUCCGCGGUCUCGACCUCCAAGAUCUGCUCAAGCAAAUCGGCCCGCUUCUCAAGAUGCUGGGCAAGAUUGACUUGGAAGGCAUCCUGGAAUCGCUCUCCCCCUUGCUCACCAAGGACAGCAUCAAGGGCAUCGUCGGCCUGCUUGGCAACGCCGAGAACCUCCUCACCAGCAAAUUUGUCAACCAGACUCAGACUCUCAUUGGUGAUGCUCUGCCUUUGGUGUCUGCGCUGGGCGACCUCGACCUGCAAGACCUGCUCAAGCAGAUCGGACCCAUCCUCAAGAUCAUCGGCAAACUCGACCUCGAAGGCAUCUUGGAGACGCUGGCGCCGCUCCUCACCAAGGACAGCAUCGGUGGUAUUGUUGGCUUGUUGGGCAACGCCGAGGAUCUGCUCACGACCAAGUUUGUGAACCAGACUCACACCCUCAUUGACGGCGCUGUGCCGUUGAUUGGUGCCCUCGACAAGAUCGACCUGCCCAAGCUCAUUGACCAGAUCAAGCCAUUGCUAGAUGUACUCGAUGAGAUUGACAUCGCAAGCCUUGUCAAGCAGAUCAAGCCUCUCCUCAACGCUUUGGGCGAGAUUGACCUGCCCGGUUUGAUCAAGAAGCUGGCGCCUAUCCUGAACGGCCUCAAGGACAUUGACCUCAAGGCCCUCUUUGACGCCAUCAAGCCGCUCCUCACAGCCGACACGAUUGACGGCGUCGUCGACCUUCUCGACAACGCCGAGCAUCUCCUCACGGACAAGUUCGUCAACGAGACUCAGAGCCUGAUUGGCGACGCCGCGCCCUUGCUCAAGCAACUGCGCAAGAUCGACCUCGAAGGCCUCAUCGACCUGGUGGAGCCGCUGCUGGAGUCACUCAAGGAUGUGGAUCUCAAGGGCCUCUUCAAGGCCAUCAAGCCGCUCCUGGAUGCGCUCAACAAGAUCGACAUCAAGGGCAUCGUCGACCAGAUCACGCCGUUCAUCACGCCCGAAAGCAUCAAGGGAAUCUUGAAGCUGUUGGCCAACGCCGAAGGCCUGUUGACUGCCACAUUCGUGGAGCAGACGACAGAGCUGAUAGGCGACGCAACACCUCUCGUGGCGACGAUAUCGGACUUCGUACAUGCCAUCUUCAAGUCCUUGAUGGGCAAUUAG